GCGGCGGGGUCACACCUGUGCUGUUCGCCUCGCCUCGCGAGCCCGCGGGAGCGGGGAGCCCGCAGCCAUGCCCCGCUACGCCCAGCUGGUCAUGGGCCCGGCGGGCAGCGGCAAGAGCACAUACUGUUCGACCGUGGUCCAGCACUGCGAAGCCCUGAACCGCUCCGUCCAAGUGGUUAAUCUUGAUCCUGCAGCAGAAUACUUCAACUAUCCUGUCAUGGCAGAUAUCCGAGAGCUGAUCGAAGUGGAUGAUGUUAUGGAAGACGACUCUCUAAGGUUUGGUCCAAAUGGAGGGUUAGUGUUUUGCAUGGAAUAUUUUGCCAAUAACUUUGACUGGCUGGAGGAAUCCCUUGGACACGUGGAGGAUGACUAUAUACUCUUUGACUGCCCAGGUCAGAUUGAACUCUAUACUCACUUGCCAGUGAUGAAACAGCUGGUGGAGCAGCUGCAGCAGUGGGAAUUCCGUGUCUGUGGAGUUUUUCUUGUUGAUUCCCAGUUUAUGGUGGAAUCAUUUAAGUUUAUCUCUGGUGUCCUGGCAGCCCUCAGUGCAAUGAUAUCGUUGGAGAUUCCGCAAGUCAACAUCAUGACCAAAAUGGAUUUGCUAAGCAAGAAAGCUAAGAAAGAAAUUGAAAAGUACUUGGAUCCAGAUAUGUAUCCUAUGAUUGAAGAUUCCACAAAUAUACUAAAAAGCAAAAUGUUCAAGAAACUGACUACAGCCAUAUGUGGAUUGAUUGAUGACUACAGCAUGGUCCGAUUCUUACCUUAUGACCGCUCUGAUGAGGAAAGCAUAAAUAUAGUGCUGCAGCACAUAGACUUUACUAUUCAGUAUGGGGAAGAUCUAGAAUUCAAAGAGCCAAAGGAUUGUGAAGAAGUUAAAUCUGCUCUUGUUGAUGAAUAUUUUCAAGAUCAAGUGGACGAGUAGAGAGAGUGCAUUUGAAAAGAGGAGUUGAAUAGCCUGGUUGUAAAAUAUAAGUUAAAAAUAUAUCUCAGAAUAUAUUUGUAAGACUAUUUUUUUAAAUAUAUAAAUAUGUGAUGGAAAACUUUUGUAAAUCUGCUGGAAAUUAAUCCUGUAUCUUCCGCAUCAUUACAUCAAUAAGUAGUUUUCAUUUUUGUGUGUACAUAUUUUGGCAUAAAUAGCAUUCUUACAGAAUAUUGAAUUGCUUGAAAAGUAUAGUGGUUGUAGAGGAGCACUGUCAAAAUAAAAACCAUAGACUUUUUUUAAUAGCUUCUGUCAAGCCAACUAAUUACUUGUACCAAGGGAUGAAAAAUAUAAUUGGUUUAACCA